AUGUCGCUCGCUGGUGAAUGCCUUCAAAAGGCCGAGAGAUCAAAACUGUUGGAGGCAGAUAGGAUCAGCGAUUUACCUGAGGAAAUAUUGUGUCAAAUACUCUCUUUACUUCCAACCAAAGCGGCAUGCACCACCACUGUUCUUUCUAAGAGCCAAUGUGGAACUCUAACAAUCUGUACCCAAAAUCUCAUCUCCCUCGAAACACGUCGCUACAAUGAUAUCUUCUUCUCGGAUUUGUUUCUUGAAGAGCCUCAUAAACUUGACAAUUACAUCUAUGCUGUGCACGUCGCACUAGCGAGCAAGGUAAAACAGCGUCGCCUUAUGGAGAAUCUCAAGCUUCCACCCGGUAUUUUCACGUGCAAGACCCUUGUGGUUUUGAAAUUGAGCGGGCUAAUGGUGGGUGAGGUUUGUUAUGUUGAACUUCCCUCACUCAAAACCCUUCAUUUGAUGGAGGUUUAUUUCAGAACAAGGAAGGAUUUCAUAUUGCUUCUUUCUGGGUGUCCUGUUCUUGAGGAUUUGCAUGCUCCCACACUUACCUAUUUACAACGUGACCACGUUAGUGGGUUUACAAAUUUAACCAACUUGGUGAAAGCAGAUGUUCGCGCACUUGAUGUUUCACUCACCAUUCUAUACAAUGUCGAGUUUCUACGUAUAGAUUGGGUGGAAUUGCAUACGGAAUACAUAUCCCACCAGUUUAACCUUUCAUUCACACAAAUCCCCAACCAUGACUACUACACUGCCAUUCCCGUGUUUAAAAACUUAACACACAUUGAGCUAUGUUGUCAUCACUAUGGCGAUGUGUUAAGAUUGCUCCAGCAUUGUCCCAAGCUUCAAAUUCUUGUCACCGAAAAGUGUUUUGGUGGUGGUCACGUUUAUGAGGAUAAGCCAUACCCGGAAUCUGCUCCUGAAUGCAUUUCAUUACACCUCAGAACUUGUUAUGUUAAGGGAGGGAACUAUUCAUGGGAUUUUCAAUUUGCUUCAUAUAUUAUGAAGACUGCAACUCUUUUACAAGUAAUGACUAUUCGCAAUCACACAUAUGAUGAUUCACAGAAAAGGAGUCAAGAUUUAGAAAAACUACACUCGUUGUGCACGAGCAUCAAUCCAACAUGUAAAAUUUUGCUUACUAGCUAG